AUGGUGUUAAGACCAAGACCGCCAAAGAAAACUUUACCAACUGCGCAUAGACCUGCCAAAAAAACUAUGAAGAAUGAGUUGGAGCUUGACCAACAAUGCGACUCUACUUUAAUGAGUGAGCCGAACAUUCAUGAUCCUACCACAAACAGCGACAAGGAGAUGAAAAAAACACAAAUAAUACAAAAUAUAAAUCCUAGCUCAUUGAUGUCUUUAGUUCAACUAAGUGAAACCGUUGUAGAUAAUGAUAGAGGAAUUGAGAGGGUAAACUCACAAAAUUGUAGCGAGAAAAACAAAAAAGGAGCACAGUCUUUAGACGAAGAGAAAUCACAACAUCAUGGCUCAGCAAAACAAAGCGUAAUUCAGAAUGAUACACAACAUUUGUUAAGUGACAGCUCUGCCACAGGUAUACCUCAUCCCAAAACUACGAAUACCGCUGCAAUUGAUCAAACAUUGUGUUGGGAUGAUUUUUCAGAUCAG